AUGUUGUCAACAAACUCUGUGAUAGAAGAAAUUUCAAAACUUCAGUGUGUUAAACGUAUGCGGGCUUCUGUUAAUACUGCAAUAAAAUAUGGAACUAUGGUUGGAGCGAUAACAAUUACAUCUGGUAUUCUUGGUGGACCAGUAGGAUUAGCAGUUGGUGGUAUGAUCAGCAGUUGUGCAUUAGGUUUUAUGUCACAAGGAGAGUUAAAAUCGGUUCCUGAUAUUCUUCUUUAUGAUACCACUCCAGAACAAAGGGAGAAACUGGCAAAGUUAAUAAUGCAACUUGUAAAAUCAAAACCCACAACAAUUUGCGACUUUAUAUAUGAUAUAGGAAAUGAUACACAAUUACAACAAACAAUAAUACAAGUAUUAACAGCAUUUUUAUUUGCUGAGCUUGGUGUAAAAGUUCAGGUAUGAAAAAAGAAUAUAAACAAAUAUGUAAACACAUUUGUUAUUAAUUUUGCAAUAUAAAAAUUCAUUGAUUGCUUUGCACAAGAAAAUUUUAAGUAUAUUAAAAAAUUGUUAUGGUGUUUUGUUUUUUAACUAAUUUAUACCAUUUUCUUGAAAUUUAUCUUGCAUUCAAUAAAAUUAGCUAUGUCAUAAAUGAAAUAGUACGAAUUGAUUUUAAUAAGGUACAUCUAAUAAUGGUAUGA